AUGGUCAACACCGAUGGAACGAUACAGUCCGUAAACCGAUUUCUGUACGGCCCAAGCCCGGAAGAAAGGGUCCGGAAAUGGCAGGCGAAGAUCCGGACAGAAGAGAGGCAGAUGGACCGCGAGAUCCGCGGGAUCGAAACCGCCCAGAAUAAGGUGAAGAUCCAGCUCAAACAACUAGCCUCGAAGAACGACCUCAAGAACUGUAAGCUUUUGGCUAAGGAAAUCGUCAGGAGUAACAAACAGAAAGACCGUUUGUUCACCUCCAAAGCUAGACUCAAUUCUAUUCGGAUGCAACUUCAACACCAACUUGCUACCCUGAAGAUUUCAGGCACACUACAGAAGUCGACCGAGAUUAUGAAGCUAUCCAACUCACUCAUGAAGCUGCCUGAGCUGAAUAAAACCAUGCAGGAGAUGUCGCAAGAGAUGAUGAAGGCUGGAAUUAUGUCUGAGAUGGUCGAGGAUGCUAUCGAUACGCUGGACGAAGACGAGGAGGAGUUAGAGGAAGAAGCCGAAGCGGAAGUCCAAAACGUACUGUUCAAUAUUACUGACGGCAAGCUGGGCCAGAUGGGUUCUGUAAGCAGCAAACUGCCUCAGCCCGAGCUUUCCGAACCUGCUCAAGAAAACGACCUGGAAGAUGUCGAAAGGAUGCAGGCCCAACUGAACGGCCUUCUCCAAAGCUAA